CGACGAGCCGUUCCGUACAGCGUGCUCGUUCACGUACUGUAACGCGCACGCGUUUGCAAGUUGUGUGGACUUGUGGUCAGAGAGAAGCAGAGCACGGCGAGUGACUCACCAGGAGCAGCACAAAUGGCAGAGUGGAACGCCUACUACCGCAAUGAAGAUGACGAAGAAGAGCAAGAGGAAGGAGAGCAAUCUGGAGGAGAUUACAAGAUCACAGGGAGAGACAGUUUGGUCUUCUUGGUUGAUGCCUCCAAGGAAAUGUUCAUCAAAGGAGAAGAUGGACAGCCCUCAAACUUUGACAUGACCAUGCAGGUGGUGCGCAGUGUGUACGCCAGUAAGAUCAUUAGCAGUCACAGGGAUCUGAUGGCGUUGGUUUUCUACGGAACAGAGCAGAGCAAAGAUCCCAGCAAGUCAUUCAAGCAUGUCUACGUGUACCACGACCUUGAUGAACCUGGUGCAAAGCGAGUGCAGGAAGUGGACGCUCUGCGCGGGGGGAAAGGUGCCCAACUAGCGGCAGAGACCAUGGGCAGCGGAGAGACGUCGUUAGGGGAUGCCCUGUGGUGCUGCGCCAACCUCUACAGUGACAUCAAGCUGCGCCUCUCACACAAGCGGCUCAUGAUCUUCACCUGCAGGGAUAAACCACACGAGGGCGACAGUGUGAAAGACCGACAGGCUCGCACAAAGUCUGGUGACCUCAAAGAGACCGGUGUCAUCAUUGAUUUAAUGCAUCUGAUGAAACCAGACGGCUUCGAUGUAGCGCCCUUCUUUCGUGACAUUAUAAGUCCACCUGAGGAUGAGAGCGAGUUGGGGCUGCAGCUGGAGCCUUGUGACAAACUGGAGGACCUCCAGAAGAGGGUGCGGGCCAAAGAGCAGAAGAAGAGAGCCCAGGCCAGGUUACACCUGUGUCUUGGUGAGGGCAUAAAUGUAGCUGUGGGAAUAUAUGCAACUGCUGUGACAGCUCGGAAACCAGCUCCCAUCAGACUUUACAGGGAAACCAACGAGCCAGUCCGCAGCAAAACCCGGACCUUCCACACUCAGACUGGCAGCCUGCUGCUGCCCAGUGAGAUAAAGAAAUCCCAGGUGUAUGGUAAGAAACAGAUAGUGAUGGAGAAGGACGAGGUGGACGCCAUAAAGAAGUUUGAAGAUCCUGGAAUGUUUCUCAUCGGAUUCAAACCAAUGGAGAGGCUCAAACGUCACCACCACAUCCGCCCUGCUGCCUUCAUCUAUCCUGAGGAGGAUGAAGUGAAAGGCAGCGCGUGUCUGUUCUCUGCCUUGUUGACAAAGUGUCACGAGAGGAACGUGUUCGCAUUGUGCCGCUGCGUCUCUCGCCGGAACUACCCGCCUCGAUUUGUUGCUCUGGUGCCUCAGAAAGAGGAGGUCGACGAGGGGAAAGUACAGAUUUCACCUUCAGGUUUCCACGUCAUCUAUCUGCCAUACGCUGACGACAUGCGGACUCUGGAUCCUCCCCAGUGCCCAACAGCCUCACAAAGACAGGUGGACAAGAUGAAGGAGAUCGUCUCUAAGCUCCGCUUCAAAUACAGGAGCGAUGCUUUUGAGAAUCCAGUCAUCCAGCAGCAGUACAGGAACCUGGAGGCCUUGGCUCUGGAUAUGAUGGCUCCAGAGGACACCGAGGACCUCAUCAUGCCAAAGGUGGACCAGAUGGACCAACGUCUGGGUCCCUUGGUUCAGGAGUUUAAAGACCUGGUCUACCCUGCCGACUACAACCCUGAAGGCAAACCAGCUGCCAAACGCAAAACAGCUGACACCGGAGGCGGAGCUGAGAAGAAGCCCAAAGUGGAGGUGCCAGAAGACGAGCUGCGAGCCCACGUGCAGAACGGCACCCUGGGAAAGCUGACGGUGCCCGUGUUGAAGGAGGCCUGUAAGAAGUUUGGGGUUCACACCACCGGGACUAAGAAGCAGGAGCUGAUAGAUGCUCUGGUGGACCAGCUGGGCCAAUGAGGAGUUAAAUAUACAACUCACCGUGCCUUCAAGAGCAGGCCAGCUUGUUCAGAUCAGUGUGUCUGUUGUUGCACUUGGUACCAGGUGUAGAAAUGUCUUCAGUCACUUUGAAAGCACCAAAUGUAGUGAUCUAUUAAAAGCAGGAAACAAGUUUUAAAUCAACUGUGUGGCUUGUGAAUUUUGGGUAAGACCGGGAUACUGUGUCCAAAGAAAAAAGGCUUUUUUUGUAAGGCAGCAUGGUUCGGUACAGCUCCGUGCUAAUGUCCCACAUUACAUGAAUAAUGUUUGAAUGUAAAAACAAUUGUUGAUCAUUUUUGGUAAUAAAUCUAAAACCUUUUCCA